AUGGACAACAGCACAGACCUCAACUACUACUAUAGCAACAAUGACACCUUGCUCUGUGGCCCCGACACCACCCAGGCCUUCAGGCGCUAUUUCCUGCCUCCCUUCUACAUCCUGAUUUUCCUCCUGGGGCUCUGUGGGAACGUGAUGGUGAUUGCUGUCUUGCUGCGUGCCAAGGAAGCCCUACCUGGGACGGAUGUGUUCAUCUUGCACCUGGCUGUCGCAGACGUCCUCCUUGUCUUGACCCUUCCAUUCUGGGCCGUCCAGGCCGUGCACAGCUGGGUCUUUGGGGACGUAAUGUGCAAGAUGGUUGGCAGCGUUUUCAAGAUCAACUUCUACGCUAGCAUCUUCUUCCUGGUCUGCAUCAGCUUCGACAGGUACCUCUCCAUUGUUUACGUCAUUCGCAUGUACAACAGGGGCAGGUCCUCUCUCAUCUUCCUCAGCUCGUUGGCUGUUUGGGUCCUCUGCAUUCUCCUCACGCUUCCGGAUUUCAUCUACCUGACCUCUGAACCCGAUUCCCGCCAAAACACCACCUCGUGCACCCUCAAUUUCCCCCCGGGCUCAAGCUCAGCCAAGUUCUUCAUUCGCAUCUUCAGCCAACUUCUUGCCUUCUUCCUCCCACUGGUAGCGAUGACCUGUUGCUACAUCAGGAUCAUCCUCAGCCUCAUGAACUCCAAAGGCUCCAAGAAGAACAAGGCCUUCAGAGUCAUCCUCGCUGUGGUGGUGGUCUUCUUCCUCUGCUGGACUCCUUAUCACUUGGUGGAGUUUAUCGAGAACCUGAUCGACUUCAACGCCCUGCAGAAGGAUUGCGAGUGGGAGGCCAAACUGGACAUGGCCGAGACGGUCACCACCAGCUUGGGGUUCUUCCACUGCUGCCUCAACCCACUGCUCUACGCUUUCGUGGGCGUCAAGUUUCAGAACAGGUUCCUCAGCCUUCUCGAAUCCUUUGGCUGCGUCAGCCAUGCGUUCCUGCAGAGACAUGCCAGGAGCUCCAGCCACAGGAGAGAUUCAACUUGGUCUGAAAGCACAGAGGCCUCCUACUCAGGGCUCUAG